UCCCGCCGGGUCCAAGUGAACCGCAGCGCAUCCCGCCGGGUCGCACCGAGCCGAGCCCAGCCGGGUCCAAGCGAGCCAAGCUGAGCUGAGACCGGGCCCGUCGAAUCGAGCCGAACCGUGCCCAGCCGCGUCUAACUGAAGGGCAGCGCAUCCCGCCGGGUCGCACCGAGCCGAGCCGAGCCAUGCCCCUGGGCGCACUGGUCCGCCUGCCGCUGGCGCUGGCGCGGGCGGCGCUGGCGACACUGCGUGGGCGACUAGGCGCCCUGUGCUGGAGCCUGUCUCCCCUCUUCUUGCCCCUGUCCCUGCCCGGCUGGAAGAGGGUCUCGGCUCCCAGCCCCGCCGCCCCGGAGAGCUGCCGGCAGGAGUGGGACGAGCCGUCCCCGACGCCCACCAGCGUCAAUUACCACUUCACCCGGCAGUGCAACUACAAGUGCGGCUUCUGCUUCCACACGGCCAAGACCUCCUUCGUGCUGCCGCUGGAGGAGGCCAAGCGGGGGCUGGAGAUGCUCAAGGAGGCGGGAAUGGAGAAAAUAAAUUUCUCGGGAGGAGAACCGUUUCUUCAGGAUAGAGGCGAAUUUGUAGGGCAACUGGUGAAGUUUUGCAAGCAGGACUUGAAGCUACCAAGCGUCAGCAUCGUGAGCAACGGCAGCCUGAUUAGAGAACGUUGGUUCAAGAAGUACGGUGAAUAUUUAGACAUUCUGGCAAUUUCAUGCCAUAGUUUUGAUGAGAAUGUCAAUAUUUUAAUUGGCCGUGGUCAAGGAAAGAAGAACCAUGUGGAAAAUCUGCAUAAACUGAGACAGUGGUGCCGAGAGUAUGCAGUUGCUUUCAAAAUAAAUUCAGUGAUCAACAGAUUUAAUGUUGAGGAAGACAUGAAUGAGCAGAUCAAGGCACUCAACCCUGUGCGCUGGAAGGUAUUCCAGUGCCUGCUCAUUGAAGGGGAGAACACUGGUGAGGAUGCCCUGAGAGAAGCAGAGAAAUUUGUUAUCAGCGAUGAAGACUUUGAACAAUUCCUGGAUCGCCACAAAGACGUCUCCUGUUUAGUACCGGAAUCUAAUCAGAAGAUGAGGGAUUCAUACCUCAUUCUGGAUGAAUACAUGCGUUUUCUAAACUGUAGAAAUGGACGGAAAGAGCCUUCCAAGUCUAUCCUUGAUGUUGGGGUAGAAGCAGCCAUAAAAUUCAGUGGAUUUGAUGAGAACAUGUUCCUAAAAAGAGGAGGAAAGUAUGUGUGGAGUAAAGCAGACAUGAAACUGGACUGGUAACUCGAUAUACUCAUACAUGACUCAAUGAGUUAGGGCAGGUGCAUUAUGUAGAGAAAAUGGGUGCGUGUAUAUAUGUGCGUGUAUAUAUGUAUCUAUGUGUCUAAGGCUUUUAACUACACUUGGUAUAUUAUACAGGUUGAUGGUCAGUAUAACCCUGUAUGUGAACGUGUUAAAUGUUUUUAGAAUGUAGAUUAUGUUCUUAUCUAUUGUUUGGUUGAACAUUACCAAGCGCCUUCAGAGUUCUCAUAUAAAUUGGUCUCUGAAAUCGACUUUCUAGUCUAUUUUAUGAACGACUUA